UGCUUUACGGACCUUCAGGUCCUGGAAGGGUAACACAGUUUGAAGAUGGAGGACAGUGGCGCUUCUGCGGCGCAAGUGACUGUAAAUCAAGUGGACCUUGGUCUAUCUCCCUCCAGAACAGAGAACCUGGAUGUCCCUGUGACUCUUUGGUGGCUUUAAGAAGACAUGUUUUCCAAAACCUUCAAAAUAGGCUGGUGCAGUCCUACCAACAGCAGCCCUUGGACCUUGAUCAUAUUGAGUUCCUCUGCGUGAACGCAUCAACUCUAGUCUGUUCUCUUUCUGCUCAUAUUAAUGUUCCAUCACUGGUAGUUGAAGCUCUUCACCACCUCAUCUGCCUCAUCCAUUCCAAUAUGGAUACGAGAAGGUCUGCCAUUGUUGUUGACAGCUCAGCUGGUGAACGGGGGAGGGCAAAGCUCUAUGUUUCCAAAGACCACCUCAAAGAUCUAAUAAAGAUGGACCUCUCCGUUCCUUGUAUCUCCAAGCUUUUGGGCAUAUUGCAGAAAACAGUCCGACGAAGAAUGGAAGAGUGGGGCCUCUCAAUAACGGCAACCUACAGCUCACUAUCAGAUGAUGAACUUGACAACUUAAUUGCAGCCAUAAAACAGGAAUCGAAAUGUCUGGGCUACAGAAUGGUUAAAGGACGCCUCAGGGCACUGGGCCACAGGGUGCAGUGGAACAGAGUAUGGGAUUCCAUGCGUCGUGUUGACGGUGCUGGAAUCCUUGAAAGGAUGGCAAAUCUUGGAUGUGUUGUUAGAAGGACAUACAGUGUUCCUGGUCCUCUGUCACUGCUCCACAUUGACACCAACCAUAAGUUAAUUAGAUAUGGACUUGUGAUGUUUGGUGGUGUUGAUGGCUUCUCAAGGAAGAUCUUGUACUUGAAAGCAGCUAACAACAACAAGGCUUCUACAGCGCUGACGUUCUUCCUUGAGGCUGUACAGAAGCAUGGAUUUCCAUCGAGAGUCAGGGGAGACCAAGGAGUUGAGAAUGUUGACAUUGCUCGAUACAUGUUUGAAGUUCGGGGCUGUGGUAGAGGAAGCUUUAUGUCUGGCAAAAGCGUGCACAACCAAAGGAUAGAGCGCCUGUGGCGUGACGUUUGGAAUGUUGUCACCAACAUCUACUACGAUCUUCUUCACAGACUUGAUGAAGACAGACUCUUGGAUCCAACAAACUGUACUGACCUUUUUUGUGCACAGUAUGUGGUUUUGCCACGAAUCCAAGCAGAUUUGGAGACAUUUAUUGAAGGCUGGAACAAUCACUGUCUUAGGACAGAGCGGAACUACACCCCAAACCAACUAUGGGAUAUUGGAAAGACUCAGAAUUAAUAAUUAAUAAAGCAUGUAUUUUAAAGACUUCCUGAAUUGAUGGUGUCUAAUUUCAGGCAGAGUAUCCAGAUGUGGACAUUGCAGACUUGGACCAAACUGGUAUUCACCUUCCAGAACUUGUGUCUCCACUUGACAGUGAGGAUUUGGAAAGAGUGAGACACCUUUUCAAUCCCAUGGAACCCUCGAUGUCCUAUGGGGCUGACAUUUACAGUUCCCUUGUCCAGUAUGUGGAAGGCAUUCUUGAGAACAGGCAGGAUUUAUAGCUUUAUCUAGAGUGAUGGUUGAAAAUAAGAUGCCCUAACAGAUGUUUACAUUAUGUUGAAUUAUCAGUUUUUGUAUCCAGGGACAGUUACUAAAAGUCUGCAUCAAUAUUUAUUUUCAGUUUUUAAUGUUAAUGCAUUUUGUGUUAGAUGAGUUUACAGUUAUAUUUUCCUGAUAAUCUGUCAGUUAAUGCAAAGGUAACAUGAUAAAUACUUUCUGUUUUCAUGUAAGUCCUUUGUUUAAUAAUAGCUUCAAUAAAAUUUUGUUUAGGUGCCAUCAUGCCUAUUCUUGCUGAUUUCUAUUUUUAUUUAAUUGUAAAGGCAAUAUUCAAUUAAUCUACUUUAUUUACAGUCUGACAAGAAUUCUUUUUCUUAACUUUGAUGGAGUGGCGACCAGUUUAGAAUGUAACUUGUAUUUAAGUCCAAGAACUGCUGCUCCAAAUCCAUGUCCUUGACAACUUCUGGAUUUUAAUUUGGGGUGUUCAAGCAUAUUUCCUUUGAUUUACAAAAUGAUUUCAAACAACCUCAAAAAUAAUCAUGAAAAUUAUCAUCCAAUUUUCAUAGCUCAAAACUUUAUUUAUUGAAAGUGACAAAAACUCUCAUGACUGUAGAACUGUAAUGUUUUGAUGUGUGUUAGCUGUCCUGCAUGCGGUAAUUAAAUAGCUUGACCACA